AUGACUAGCGAUAAACAAGAAAAAAUCGACGAACAACUUCGUCCAUUAUAUGCUGAAUUACAAAAAUAUGGACAGACACAAGAUUGGGAUCGAGCAUUGAAAACUACACGAAAAAUAUUGGGUAUUUCAAGUAAUGAAAAAAAAGCAACACAAUCUAAAAUCAUUUGUUUGAUGCAACUCGAUAAAUUCGAUGAAGCGUAUGGUACAAUGACAAAAAAUGCAAAUGAUACAGCGGAUUUAUUCUUUGAACGUGCUUAUUGUGAAUAUCGUCUCAAUCGAAUUGAAGAUGCUUAUAAUACAUUAAAAAGUAUCGAAAGAGACUUAAGUGAACGUGAACAAGAACUUCUUGCUCAAGUGCUUUUUAAACUCGAAAAAUACAAUGAAUGUGUUGAUUAUUAUCGUUCAUUGGUCAAAAACAAUGCGGAUGAGUAUCAAUCAACACGUCAAGCAAACUUUAUUGCUGCUUUAGCAACUUGGAAAUUAACCGAUCCGUCAUGCAAUGUUCAAUUGGAAUCAAAUGAUCUAAGUGAUGAAACAUAUGAUACAACAUACAAUUCAGCAUGUGUUCUUCUUAGUUCGGGUAAAUAUGCUGAAGCAGAAAUAAAACUUCGAAACGCUGAAGCUCAAUGUCGACGUGAAUUGGAAGAAGAAGGAGAUAUGAAUGAAGAAGAAAUAUCACGUGAAACAGCGAACAUUCGAGUACAAUUAGCUUACUGUCUUCAACAAGAAGAUAAAAAUGUCGAAGCAUUAACACUGUAUAAUGAUGUACUCAAAACAAAACCAACAGAUUUAGCUGUUAUUGCAGUUGCAUCAAAUAAUUUAGCUGUACUUAAUCGUGAUCAAAAUUUGUUUGAUUCACGCAAACGUAUUAAAACAGCAACAGCACCUGAAACUGAACCAAAAUUAAAUGCUUUUCAAAAGAAAAUUCUUCAAGUUAACGAAGCAUUACUAGCUAUUUAUACUGGACAGCAUGAAACAGCUCGACGUAUUCUUGAUAAAAUGGUUCAAAAAAAUAAUGAUACAGAUGAUAGUGUUCCAUUGGCGAAAGUUUCAUUGUUAAUGAAAGAAAAAAAAUUACCUGAAGCAACUCAAUUAUUACAAGAAUUUAUUGAAAACGGCAAACAACGAUCUAUUUCACUUUAUUGUCGUUUAACAUAUGUACAGCUGCUUCUAUCACAAGGAAAAGUUAACCAAGCAUGCGAUUAUUUAAGAAGUGACGAAGAAUUAUUAGUUAAACCAGGCAUUGUAGCAACAUUAGUUACACUCUACAAUUAUUUAGAAGAUACAAAAUCUGCUGCACAAGUUCUUAAUGAAGCUGUUGAUCGUUUAUAUAAUCUCGAUCGAACUAAAGGAAAACAUUCACGUGCACUUGCUUAUUUAAUUAAACAAAAUAUAAUUUAUCAAGAAAAACAAGGCAAUGGAAAACGAGUCACAGAAAUGCUCGAAAUACUUCAUAAACUUUAUCCAAACGAUACAAAUACUUUAUCAAAAUUAAUCAUUCAUUAUUUAAAAUCUGAUCCUGAACGAGCUAAUUUGUUGUCACAAAAGUUACCAUCAAUUAAACAAUUAGCUGAAGGCAUCGAUGUUGAUACACUCGAAUCAACAUUUGGUAAACGAGUAACAAAAGCAGAAAAAACUAUUGAAAAAACGAAAGCAAGUGAUUCAGGAUCGACAGCAACUACGACAGUCACGACGACAAGUGCUGAAAAAAAAAAGAAAAAACGAAAACGAAAAAUUCGUUUACCAAAGAAAUAUGAUCCAACAUCAAAACCGGAUCCUGAACGUUGGCUGCCAUUACGUGAACGUACAUAUUAUCGUGGUAAAAGAGGAAAACGUGGUAAACAAGCUGCUGUUGGUAAAGGUACUCAAGGUGCAGUUGGAUCUGAUCAAUCAGCUACUACUACUAUAACAACCUCGACAGGAGCUCAACGAUCUAUGCCAUCAUCAAAAGGAACAGGAGCAUCGGGUUCAAGUGCUACUCAGCCGAAACCAAUGCCCCCAUCCGGAAAAUCGGCAGCAUCUAAGAGAAAAGGCAGACGCUAA